UCACAACAUAGGUUAUAAUAUGGAUUAUUUCCCUCUGUCAUUUUACCCACAUGUAACAGGGUUGGUUAUGUUUCCACUUGCCUCUAAAAGAAAUGUGUAUUUAAUGUUCAAGCAUUCUUAUUGGUUAGUUCAACUCUGAUGACAAUAAGGUGUGUUGCGAUUGGCCCCGCUUGCAGAUGGAGGAUAUCGCGAAUGUCAGGUCUUCCUAGUACGAAAAUGUGAUGCAAGGGAAAUAAAUGAUGCUCAACUGGGACCACUGGCCGAAGUGAUUUAUUUUGAGAAAACACAACGCAUGGAGAGUACAUAUACAUCUGUUACACACGCACGCUACUGUUUUGCUGUAAGGUUACAGUUGGUGAGGCGGCAUGUUGAAAUUCUUUUAGGAGUGUUGGUGGUUGUGGGGCAAAGGGACAAUGGACACUUUGUCUAGACAGGCUAGUGGAGGGAGGGAGGCUGCAUGGUGGUGGGGUUGUCGUAUGGCAUCAACUGAUUGAACUUUGCCAGUCAUAGGCCUAAAAGCACACAACAUCCCCUGGUCUCUUUGGGUGUUGUUUACGCUGGGUGUUGUUUACGCUGUAGAAACCACUGUUUUCCUGUGAGAUUGAUAUUUCAUGAAUAAAGCCGAAUUGUAUUUGUAUAGGCUAAGUGAGAAUUUAUCAUGUGUAUAAGAUCCCAUGACAUUUUGUUGAAAUAUUAGGGCUUUCAGUUUCAGGACAAUUUUUCAGUUGUUCCUCCAAAACACACAACCAUUCGCACCUACAAACUUCCUCAGAGCCACUGGCAACAGGGAAGUGACUAACAUUGUGGGAGAUUCCAAUAAUCUGUCUGUCACCUCCCAGCACGAGCACAGUAGAGUCAUGGGAUAGGGUGGGUUAUUAUAAAACAAUAGUCAGAACCAAGAACAUUUUUAGGGCUGUGAACCUCCUCUAACUGAUACUACAAAACUGUAUUACUCAAGUGGACUGGUAGCAUCUGUGGCUCUGCAUCACCCUCGGGAAUUAUCCACCAACCUGAGACUAGAAGAGGCCUGUGUAUCCGAAACAGACAGAACUCCAAACAUCUGGACAGAGACAGAUUGACAGACGUGGACACUAUAUAAAACCUGAGAAAUCUGCUAACCGGCUGUUCGGUCAACAUGUGGGACAUGCUGGGCUAUAAAACUGGACAAAAAGUGAUCUUCAAACACCUGACAGCAUCGGCAGGUGUUUAUGUGGUCAUAAUUUUUCUCGUAGUAUACUAUUUUGAAUUUCAGAUUCACCUGCAAUGCUCCUGUUCACCUGAUAGAAGCUCUUGGCAUUGUGGUACCUACUUAGCGUUACCAACUUUGAUCAUUUUUUUCAUGAUUCUCUUUGUCGAUAAACAUUUCAGAAGAAUCCUUCGAUUUACAUGCAAAUGCGAGCGUGAGUGUAAACUCAGAGGUCAUUUCUGCGCGGCACUGUUCAAAUUCCUCUUCAAGGCGGCUGCAACAGGGUUACUCUGGGUUGCCUCUGUUCUCAUCAAUGGGUUCUGGUACACGUGCUGCCUAAAUUACAGCUCUAGAGCACUUACCUGCAAGAAAAGCAGUGAGCUCAAUUUGACAGAAAAAGCAACCAUAGCUGACCUAAAAAAUGAUUCAGAGGUAUUUGGCUUACUGGUGGUGCUCGGAAUUGUAGGGCUGUUGACCCUGUCUGUAUUGCCUUGGAAUGAGUUCUGCUGUCGAAAGUCUUCUCACAGGGCUCAGUUUGAGAAGAAUGUUUUGGAACAGGCGGAGAUUCAUAUGGAGGAUAAACUAGAGAGAAUAGCUAAGGCGUAUGUGGUUCAAGGCGCAAUAAGUGAUCUAGAGUCCAUUUCUGAAGUAACAUAUGAAGAUGAGACGAAACAAAAUGUGGUGGUCAACAUUAAAAAAGAUUGGGACAAAAUAUCAGACUUUGCUUUGCAUCUGAUCAACUCUUUAUCUGAUGAAAGUACUGGAGAAACAACAAGUGAAGUCUUACUGGGACAUUUGACUACCAACUAAUAACAUUGGUCAAUCAAGAACUUUGAGCCUCUGGGCCUCUCAAAUUAAAUUGAACAUUUACACCUAGUAAACAGUAGAUACAGUAGUUAUACACCUAUUCAGUCCCUAUGAAGAAUCAUGCUGCAUAUUGGUAGCCUAUACGUACAUGUCCUGUAUUCUAGAAUGCAUUGAACUAACAUAUGUGUAUUUUGAUUGUCUUUAGAGAAUUAUUUUUUUCGGUUUGUGUUUAAAGGGGGGGUUUAUCAUGUUAACUUCAUAUUCAGACUCUGAUAUUUUGUCAUUUUAACCAUUUAUUUAUUUGACAUGGAAUGGUAAUGUUUGUCAUUGAAAUGUUGUGAUGCAAUGUACAGAUUAUAUAGUGUCUUUAUAGAUAGUGUGCUAUAUGAAAGCCUGUAUGUAAAUAUUCACAUUUAAAUGGUGUAUUUGAAAAGUAAAUCUUAACAUUGUGUAAUAAAAAAAGGACAAAUAAAAUAGAAUAUAUAGGUAAUGUGCUGAAAUAUACUGUAUGAAAGCCUGGAUAUACAUUUUCAAAUUAAAAUGGUGUAUUUGAACAAGUAAAUCUUAUUUGGAAAAAAAAGAUGAUUUUAUGCCAGAGAACUUUCAUUUUGGCAUUCAGGAAGUCCCUUUAAUGCACACUACUCAAUAUGAGAGUCUAACUUCAUAUUUCUACCGCUUGUGAUGUGAGCUCCUUAUGCAAAUGAGGGCCACAUAUCUGGACAUCUAAAACAACGUUCAUUUCACUCAAUCUGCUGAAGAGGGCUUCUGUUUGCUUGGGAACUAACAAAGAGAAAGAGACACACAUAUGGGACCUCUUUAUCACUCUCUCCCUAUGCCCAGAUCCAUGCGCCUGCCAUAUGGGACCUCUUUAUCACUCUCUCCCUAUGCCCAGAUCCAUGCGCCUGCCAUAUGGGGCCUCUUUAUCACUCUCUCCCUAUGCCCAGAUCCAUGCGCCUGCCAUAUGGGACCUCUUUAUCACUCUCUCCCUAUGCCCAGAUCCAUGCGCCUGCCAUAUGGGACCUCUUUAUCACUCUCUCCCUAUGCCCAGAUCCAUGCGCCUGCCAUAUGGGACCUCUUUAUCACUCUCUCCCUAUGCCCAGAUCCAUGCGCCUGCCAUAUGGGACCUCUUUAUCACUCUCUCCCUAUGCCCAGAUCCAUGCGCCUGCCAUAUGGGACCUCUUUAUCACUCUCUCCCUAUGCCCAGAUCCAUGCGCCUGCCAUAUGGGACCUCUUUAUCACUCUCUCCCUAUGCCCAGAUCCAUGCGCCUGCCAUAUGGGACCUCUUUAUCACUCUCUCCCUAUGCCCAGAUCCAUGCGCCUGCCAUAUGGGACCUCUUUAUCACUCUCUCCCUAUGCCCAGAUCCAUGCGCCUGCCAUAUGGGACCUCUUUAUCACUCUCUCCCUAUGCCCAGAUCCAUGCGCCUGCCAUAUGGGACCUCUUUAUCACUCUCUCCCUAUGCCCAGAUCCAUGCGCCUGCCAUAUGGGACCUCUUUAUCACUCUCUCCCUAUGCCCAGAUCCAUGCGCCUGCCAUAUGGGACCUCUUUAUCACUCUCUCCCUAUGCCCAGAUCCAUGCGCCUGCCAUAUGGGACCUCUUUAUCACUCUCUCCCUAUGCCCAGAUCCAUGCGCCUGCCAUAUGGGACCUCUUUAUCACUCUCUCCCUAUGCCCAGAUCCAUGCGCCUGCCAUAUGGGACCUCUUUAUCACUCUCUCCCUAUGCCCAGAUCCAUACACCUGCCAUAUGAGAGUGGAUGAGAAGAGUGAGAGGAGGGAAGCAGCACCUAAUGGAUAUUCAGUCUCAUUCCCAAACGCAGCUGAAGAAAUCAUGUUUUCUCUCAUCUCUAGCUCGCUCUCUAGGGCUCGUAGAAGUGAAGGUCACGUUCAACAUCUGCUUGAAGAGUCUUGUUUGCUUUAUUUUGCCUUGACUGGAUCUGCCAGGGUACUGAAAGAGGGUGAGGGACAGGGAACAUUGAAAAUUAGACAAUUGCACCAUAAAAUAAUGCAUGUUUUUGCAUGUGAACAGGUUAUACAGGCUGCACACACCCCAGUGAGCAACAUUUGGCAUGGGAUGUCAUAAUGAUGUCAUUUUCUGGUUGAAAGCUGUUUUCGGGUUGAAGAGAUUCCAGUUUACAACCACAAGAAAAGAAAAACAAUUAUUGCCAAUAAAAAAAUCAGUGUAGGCUUGGCCCUAAACUAGGUGCUCUCUGUCAUCUCUGGCUGCAUGGCAAAUGGCUCAAGACUUUUAGGGGCUAACCCUCUCCCUGUUGUUGGGUCAAAAUGUAUCUCUCACACAGUAUCCAGCAGACUGACUAUUGCAAUGUUCGUAAGGGAUGCUAUCGCAUCCAUGUUCGGUACCUAUCUGAAACUUGUCCUCUGAAGAGAACUUAGAUGUCAUCUAUACGGAUGUAUGACCUCUGUGGUUACUUGUAGUUGUUCAGAAUGAACCCCCGACGACACUGUAUGCAAGGAUCUCUUUUGUCCUCUCAGGAAUGCUGUUGUCUCUCUACUGCUCCCAGCCCACCCCUUCAGCUCAUCACACAUAGAUGUGACCGCCUCCCUAGAGGACGUUGGCUGGUUCGACCUGAUUGGAUACCUUCGUUUUAUUACCUUUGGUUUGGUCUGUGGAUUGGUCAACAAUUGCUUUUGAACAUAAACAAGUUAGAUCUGGGAUAAAUGGAAUGAAAGUAUUUUAUUUUGUCCUGCUACGCACUCUACGGAAAUGUUGUAUGAGACAUUCUCAUUUCCGAGGCUACUAGGCCUCUGGCCUAACAGGCAUCUCUUUGUUAAUGUUCUGCCAUGUAACCGUAAGAUCUGUAUGCGUAGAUUGUGAAUGCUAUGUUAGUGUCAGUAUUGCCUUGUAAGUUAAGCUGUAUGCCUUGUAUGUAAUUUUACAACAUAAAUAAAUCGAUUUGACUUUA